UCAAUAUUUUAAAAUAAAUUUGUUAAAUCUUUGUAAUAUUAUUAUUAAACCGCUUUAUAAACGCGAAAAAUACAACUAAAUAUCAUACAAUAAUGCUUUGUACCUAAUGUAUUAGCGAACGUUAGUGGUGUUACAUUAAAAAUAUUGAUUUGUUUCGUCGCUUCUCGCCGCAAAUAUGUCCAAGUGGCAAUCUGAAAGAAGUAUUCAUGAGAUGCUGAAAGAUACGCCGCCUAUUCGCGAGUCCAGCGACUCAAUAACGUCAGGAACGGAGCCGAAGUUCCCCACGUCGCGGUCCAUGCCGUUCCCGCCGGCGUAUGCACCACCAGAUGUGUCACAGAAUGCCGCAGCUGGCUCCAGCACCCUGUUGCGCGCUGGAUCCACCAAGAUAGAGUCCAUCAAGAACUGGGGAGUAUCCACAUACAAGUGUACCAAGCAGCUGCUGUACGAGAAACUUGGCAAAAGCUCCAGAACAGUUGAUACAGAGUUAGAGGCACAGAUUGAGAUGCUCAGGGAGACCCAACGUAAAUAUACCGGAGUACUACGGCUGAGUUCUGCUCUAACAGCUCAGCUCACAGCCGCUGCGGCCACACAGCGAGCACUCGGUGAAGCAUUCGCAGAGCUGGCUCAGAAGUCUCCGGAGUUGCAACACCAGUUUCUAUAUAAUGCGGACACUCAGCGCUCGCUGACAAGAAAUGGAGAGGUGUUGCUAGCUGCGCUGCACUUCUUCAAUAAUUCACUGAACACACUGACAAAUAAAACAAUGGAGGACACACUGCUUACUAUAAGACAAUAUGAGGCGGCGCGCGUGGAGUACGACGCAUACCGAUGCGAGCUGGAGGCUUGUGGAGGUAAUCCCGAGCUGCUGCUGGCCAACAUCGACCGCCACCGCCGCCACUACGAGCGCCUGCGAGACGACAGCGCCGUCAAACUGCGCCUGCUGCACGAGAACAGGGUGAAGGUGAUGAAUAAGCAGCUGUUGCUGUUCCACAACGCGGUGUCGGCGUACUUCAGCGGGAACAACGUGGCGCUGGAGGCGGCGGUGAAGCACUUCAGCGUGCCCGCGCCCACCACUGCCCCCACUACCACCACCGCCCCCGCGACCGCCCCCAUCCCAGCCCCCGCCGUACCGCACCCGCCCACCGCGUAGGUAGGACUUGACUCAUCAAAACUGUCGCCCGAUUCGAAAGUUCCAAAUUUAAAAAGCUGAAACGUCAAUAUUUUGACGUUUUAACUUUUUGAAUUAGUGUUAAAAAAUUUAGGCGCUGCAUAAGCGAGUGGAAAAUGCGUAAUUCGUAUGAACAAGAUGAUAUUGACAAAAAACUAAUCGGUGACCAAGAUAUUAUAACCAAUCAAUCCCCUGAUGGCUAGUGAGAGGAUUACUCCAUUGCAGCAAUAAAAAGUUAUGCACUCUUUUAAUAUCUUGCCAAAGAGCACAUCUUGCCAUAGCAUAAUGUUUUGCCUAA